UGACAGACUUAUGUGCGGACGCAAUGCUGCGAGCGACAGUGUCCAGGAAGGUGCGACUGCGCUGACUGAGCGAAACGAGGAUGAAGAAAAUGAGGGAAGCUGCGGUGAUGGGUGAUGACGAGUACAUGGACGUUGGGGAUGAGAACAUGCAGGACCAGAACAUGCUUGGCGAUGACGACGUCGGUGUCACGUCGGAGCAUGGCCCUGGCGACAUCCCCGCCGGUUCUGUGGGAGCCGCGAUUGGUCGGCCCUUGUCAUCUCGUGUGAUAUGGCAUUCGCAAGGCGGGAGUAAGGGUGGGCAUAACUCGCAGGAGCACGGAGGAUCAAAGUCGAGGAAAAGGACAAGAGAAACUUCUCCUUCUGCUUCCGCUCACAAGAGACAAUCGAGGACAGACGCUGUUAAUGAGGCUCGUGGAGCUCUGAUAGCAUCCCAGGAGGCGAGACCUCCUCGGAAGAGCAGCCAAGGGGGGAGAUCUGGCGGUCGUGGCGGCGGCCGUGGUGGAGCAAGAAAAGGKAAGCAGAUAGUGAGGGCAGAAGAACUGCGGGACUCGGGGGAUGAGGGCGAGGGAGUGGGCCCUCGCAUGCCCGACGAUGUUGAUGAACCGCUUCAGCACGCUGCGCCCAUCGACACGACGCGUUGUUUCUUCCUCGAGUACGACGAGCGGAGUUUUGCUAAGCAAAAAGUCCUUCCUGUUCUUGUGGACGUCAUGAAAAUCAAACGCAUUCCCCGCGGGAAUAUUCUUUUCAACCACCGCUCUUUGUCUGCGAACAUUGUGCGAGGUAUCGAGAAUGCCAUCAAGAGUUCCAUCACCACGGAACCGAGGGCGUGGGAUAGGCCUGAGCUCGUGCUUGCGCCGGUUGACCGCAACGAAAUCGUCGGCGGGCAGGGAAGGCGGAUAACACCGACCGAAUUCUUCGAAAAAGACUCCUCGGAGUUCGAUUGGUAUGCAGUCAGUGGUCAGCAUACGGUCCAGGCGAUGAAGACAUUGGUGAAAAAGGGCUCUCCGACAGUCGACGUCUAUGGCCUUCGCUCGGCCUCCAUGGGGAAGGCAUGCGACAAGGCAUUCGUGAAGCAAGCGCUCGAGAAUAAGUACAGUAAGGAUUGGAGCAAUAAACUCCGUGGCUACAUGAACCUCGCCACAUCCACCGAGGCUGUGUGGCCACUGGUCGAGAGGUUCUCCGAGAUGUUCAACAAGGGGAAGCUGCCAGUUGGCGAUGGUAAAAUACCGCUUGACGUGCCGGGUAGGAUGGAGGGGCGCCAGCCAGGCCCGUACACCGACGAGACGAAGGGGCAAAGGACAUUAUACCAUUGCAUUUACGCGAGAGAUGGUCCCAAAGGCUCCAYCGUGUCGUGGAAGGAUCUCUGUCCUUCCUACUUCAAAAAUUUUGGGGAUUUGACGUGCCGCGAGAGGGAAGUUGCACUGCUCCUACUCAUGAAAGGGAAGGUGGUCGCAAGGAACGUCAAGGUCAUGCCUCCGCGAGUGAAUACGGAGUGCCUCCUCGACAUCAUACGCAAGGAACGCUACAUGGUCCGUAUGUUCAACUACGUUGUUUUCCGCGUCGAGGGAAGGGCGGACAAAGAAUGGAAUGAUGCCUUCUUCAUGUUAUACAAGGACCUCGAAGACAGGUAUGGGCCGAACGGUCUGUGCGCAGCUGAAUGGGAGAAGGAACGGGACAAGCUGCAUGUCAGCAAAGUGAAGACGGUCCCUCGACGGCUUGGAGGGGUGGAGGAGGCAAGGCAAGGAUCAGGCUUGGGCCCUACGGCGGCAAUGUAUAAGGAGGCUCCGUUCCACUUUAAGGUGUUUGUAUACACCUCAAUCGAUAAGCUCGAUCUGCUUCGAGCAGAGGUCAAACGGGUCGCCUCCAGCGCACGUCAUAUCGUGUGGGAUAAACUUAAAAAACAAACAACACUGCUACCGGUGUGCAUGCCAUUGAAGGAAGUGUUGGCUGCGCCAGACGACAUCGUCGCUGCGGCGCAAAAAAUGACGUGCAGGGCCGUCAUCCUUGACAUUUCCCCCGCCAACUUCUACACGUCAUGGACCUCUCAAGAGUUCGACGCUCUGCACUCUAUGAUGACUAAGUGUUGUGGCGACAUCGAACUCAUCGUCGGGACCUGGAAAAGGGUGGACAGGCCAUCGAAUGACAUCACGAAGUACGGCAAUAUCGUUACGGCGAGUCGAGACAUGAUGGUCAUUGUCCUGCACGCGGAGGGAGGGGAUCUCAGAAAGGUCACGGUCGCACCCCACCUUAGCAAUGACCUCACAAACGUGCAUGUUGUGGAGGAGAAGUUCGGGAAGUGUCUGGAGAAACACGGUGGCAUAAAGGGUGAUGAAAGUGUGGUGUAUUCCAUAUGGGAGCGAGAGCCUGGCAAGUUGCGUUCAUUGUGCGGGUCGUUCGUCGGGGAGGCGGAAGGUGUGCUUUUAUUGGGUAGGGCGCACGCGGGUCUUGUGUGGGAAUUCUUACUGGCAGGGAAUAAUGUCAUUGCCUGUGACGAGUCGGUGAAGGACAUUGCAUAUUUGACAACGUUCAUCGAUAUACUUGUCAAGGACGACAGAUUCAACUGCCACGUCGAGAAACCGCGUUACAAACAUCGCCCGAAUAGGGAUAUGUUCCACAAGUUGGGGCGUAAGAGACUGAAGGUGUGGGAGUACCUGUUCCGCGAUAUGCGAGGACGGCUUGACGGGAAAUAUAUAUACAGGAAAGCAAAGGCAACAGAGACCCUCAAAAAUUAUCACGGUGUUCUCACUGGCGCCUUUGAGACUUUUGUUGCUCGAUGCGAGAUCCUCAAGUUCGAUCUUCGCAAAGACCAAUUGACGUCCAAGGACUACGCGGAGCUCGCGAAAUCAGGCGAUGGCUUUAACCCCGUCAACAGCGAGGAAGAUUCUUCGGACUCCGACCUCGAACUGGGCGAGGACACAUGUGCUGAGGUUCCGCGCGUUGGAUUGGUGCAAGCUCACGAUGACAGAACUGUCCAUUCGCAUGGAGGGUCCAUCCCGAUGGCCGCCCCAAGCGUCGCCUCAAUGGUGGCCCCGUCAGAGACUGCUGCAUUGCAAGACAUAGGAAGAUGUGGUGGCAAUGAAGAAGACGACAUUGAGAUACCAGGCGAGGCGUCGACGCUCGCACCAGGCAAUGCAAUUCCUCCAGGCUACUAUGCUGACCCGGACACGAUAUAUUUCUUGGAGGGCAAACACACCCACACAGGCGAGGAUCAGUGGGGCCAUGACAUCAUAUGGCAUGAGGGCGUUUUACAGCCGUGCAUCCAAGAUGGGGAGUGAAAGAUGGCGGUGAAAUACACAAGCGGUUGGAAGACUUUUCGCCGGAUGUCAAAGGACAUCUAGUUGAAAACGACGGAACUCGCGAUCCUGCAUAGCGUGCGCGUCGAGAAUCCAGGGCAGAGCGAGGCCGCCAUCAAAGCCGAGGCCGAAGAAUUGUUUCAUGUCUUGUGCGACAAUCGGCAACUGGAGUACAGCAACAAAUUUUAUGCCCUGCG